ACAAACUUAAUAAGCCGGACUGCUUUGACAUUCCCGACACCACUAUACGUAAAAGGAGCGGGGAGCUGGAGGUUUCCAAGCAGCGGUAACGUAUUUUCACUUUGCGUUUGAAUCGUGUAUUACGCAGAACUUCGCGGAAGUGCUGCUUGUGUGUUUUUAAAGAGUGACUCGGGGUGAAAAAAGCCUUUCGGCGGCGUUUUUGUGUGUGACAAAGUGUUUUUGUGGGAGUAACAAACUGAAGAAUGGAAGACGACGCCCCUGUCAUCUACGGGCUUGAAUUUCAGGCACGUGCACUGUCAGCCCAAACAGCUGAGACUGAUGCUAUACGUUUUCUGGUUGGAACACAGUCACUGAAAUUUGAUAAUCAGAUCCACAUCAUUGACUUUGAUGAUGAGAAUAACAUCAUUAAUAAGAAUGUCCUUCUGCACCAAGCUGGGGAGAUAUGGCACAUUGGUGCCAGUCCAGCAAAUAAGGCUGUGCUUAGCACGUGCUACAACAAAACCAAUGACAGCAGAGUGAUGUCAUGUGCAGCAGUAUGGCAGAUGCCCUCUGGUUGGGAGACAGGAAGCCAUGAGUCAGCUGAUGACUCUUCCCACAAUCCCCAAACCUUGGAGCUGCUCUUUCACCUUGACAGUGGGACUCAUCAGAACUCUGCCUGCGUGCUCUGGGAGCCCAUGGGAGAUGGAAAACGUGUGAUUUCAUUGGCUGAUAACCAUGCACUGCUCUGGGACCUGCAGGAGAGUUCCACAAAGGCCACAGUUUCUAGCACAGCCACUCUGGAGGGCAAAGGCCAGCUGAAGUUCACCUCUGGCAAAUGGAGCCCUCACCACAACUGCAGUCAGCUCGCCACAGCAAACGACACAGCUAUACGAGGCUGGGACCUCCGCACCAUGAGUCAAAUCUACUGUGUAGACAAUGCUCAUGGCCAGCUCGUUCGUGACCUGGACUUUAAUCCAAACCGCCAGUACUACCUGGCGAGCUGCGGAGACGACUGCAAGGUCAAAUUCUGGGAUGUCCGCAAUGUUCAAGAGCCUGUAAAAACAUUGGAAGAGCAUUCUCACUGGGUGUGGAGUGUUCGCUACAACCAUAGCCACGACCAACUGGUGCUAACAGCCAGCAGCGACAGCCGCCUCAUCCUUUCCAACAUGGUCUCCAUCUCCUCAGAACCAUUUGGACACAUGGUGGACGAUGAAGAGCUCAGUGAAGGAGAAGACAACCCUCAGGAAGAAAAGGUCAAGGAGCCCCUGAAAGACAGCGUGGUGUCCACCUAUGAGGAGCAUGAAGACAGUGUGUACGCAGCUGAGUGGUCAUCAGCUGAUCCCUGGCUUUUUGCGUCACUGAGCUAUGAUGGUCGUCUGGUUAUCAACAGGGUUCCCCGAGCCCUCAAAUACCGCAUCUUACUUUGAGCUUUUUUGGUGCUUAUAUUUGUGAGUGUGCGUGCUGAUCAGUAAUGUGUACAUUUAGGGGUCUCCAACCUGUUCCUGGUGAGCUACUGCCCUGCUUGUGUUACAGCUAACUCUGCUUCAGUAAUUAUUGGUCACCUGGAUCAGGUGUGUUCAGUCAAAUGUAAUCUGGACUCACUUAAUUCAGCUAAGCAGCGGCUACUGAAUCACGGUUAGCUUGAAAACAAGCAUGGUAAUGGCACACAAGGAACAGGGCUGGAGAUGCCUGAGUCUCUGUAAAAAGUUAGUUGUCUGUCAAUAAAAUAAAAUAUUGAUCUCUGGAUGAAGUUGUUCAGUUUUAUUGUUCAGUGCUUUGUGUUUCACGUGGAUGAAACGCACCAUACAAAUAAAGACAUUUUGAAGCUUAA